AUGGAAGCUGCUGAUGAGAUUAAGGAGGGCAGCACCGCUACACUAGACAAGGACGCUGCGAAUCCUACUCCUGUGCGCUACAUUCCGGUUGCUCCUGACUAUUCACUUCUGCGCACGCUUAUCGGCUCCGAAAAGCCGACAUUGCAGAUGUUCACCCAGUCAAAUGCUUUGACGAAUCUGUUGGCUCCUGCUCUGGGUACCCAGUUCAAACAAGACUCGACCGUCCAGUUCUACGAGAUCCACAGUGUGGACGACGUGUACGACUGGCUCACGGACACGUUCAUCCCCACCGUCUUCACCACCACCGACCACACUGGGGCCCUCUUACCAGAGUAUGAGCACGGCCGAAUCGGAUACGCGAACCAAGUGCUGGGCGGCGCGAUGCUGGAGAUGACGCCAAAGACUCUCGAGCCUUGCGACUCCGCGGAGGCCUUCCGUUAG